AUGUGUAAGUCUGUGUUUGUAUUGUGCAUCGUUGCACUGCUUGCACUGGCAGUGCAGGGUCGUGGCACAGGAACCGAUCAAGUAGAUUGUUACGGAUUAGAUCCACCGCUAGCCCAACGGUUGUCCCGUUUUGCAACCGCAGCUAAUCUCGAGGAGGCGCUAGAGUACAGUGAGACAAUAUUUGAAAAAUCUAAACGUCUUGAAGGUUCCCUGGCCGCUGGUUCGCGUGGAAAAGUCGUCAAGGGUGGCUCAACGUACGCACAGAUCCUCGAUGGCUAUCCAACCCCAAGUACUGAGCAGCAAGAUCUUCUUGCACGUAAGGUUCUCCGAGCGUCUUCCUUCUUCGUGAAUCGUUACUGCAUACCGAACGGUGUUUCAUCGUACGAGUGUGGUUUAUAUCUCAGCGGAACGCUCCUUCCUUCCUCACCAAUCGGUGAUCAAUGUCGAGAUUUGAUCGCUUCAAAAGAGUAUAACGAUGAGUAUCGUCGGCUGUUGCCCGCUCUGUACGACGACGGGGUGUACGCGUUCCGGCGCAGCACGACCGGUGGUGAGUUGCCCCUUGCACGGGAAGUAUCCAGUCGGUUUCAUACGGCCUGGAAGGACCUGGAACCGCACGAUACCACACGUUCGGUCGCUCUCGUCCAGUGGACACAAUUCAUCGAGCACGAUCUCGCCAAAACGACGGUCCAGACGAUGCACGACGGAACGGGAAUUGAAUGUUGUUCGGGAGAUCAUGGCCAGUUGUUGCCCCGGUACCGGCAUCCUUCCUGUAAACCGAUCCAGGUCCCUGAGGACGACCCGUACUAUCAGACGUACCGGGCAACGUGCUUGAAUUACGUGCGCAGUGCACUAUCGCUCGGUGCGAACGGUUGCCAUCUUGGACCGGCAAACCAGCUCAACCAGGCCACCAACCGGUUAGAUCUGUCGCAACUGUACGGCAGUCUAGCGAACGAUACAAAGUUCCUGCGUGCGGGCAAAGGUGGCCGAUUGCGUGCCCAGCUGUACGACUCCGCCGAGUAUCUGCAAGAGACGGGCAACGAUCGACUCUGCGCGACCGAUCCCAAUCUCGAAACCGUCUGCUACGAUUCCGGCGAUACGCGCGUCAACGUGAAUCCGUACAUUACCCUGCUGCACACACUGUUCCUGCGGUCCCACAAUCGGCUGGCGAAACAUUUGGCCCAACUACAACCGAGCUGGACGGACGAUCAGCUGUUUACCGUGGCACGGACAAUCAACGUGAAACUGUAUCAGAAAAUCGUCCGCGAAUGGUUGGUAACGGUGGCAGGCGAACGGGCCACACGCAACCCACAUUCAACCGCCGAACAGGACGAUCGGGUUAGCAAUGAGUUCGCAACGGCCGCUAUUCGCUUCUACAACACGAUGAUGCCAGGUGAAAUCUCGAACGCGCUAGGAUCGUACGAUCUGGAGCGUCUCUUUUAUCGGCCGAAAGAUCUGCGCAAACGGGACUAUUUCGCCCAUCUGGUUGGGUCCGUGCUCGGUCAGAACGCGAUGUCACUCGACACGGCCUACGUGGACGAUAUGGCCCAUCUCCUGUUCGGUGUACGCAACGUCGGGCUGGAUGUGCUCGCGCUAGACAUUCAGCGUGGUCGUGAUCAUGGUCUCGCCCGCUACACCGACUACUACACGUUGUGCAACGGCAAACCGGUCACCGGGUGGGCCGACCUCGAGCUCGUACUGAAACCGCACGAUUUGGAAAUUAUACGAGCAUCGUACGCAACCGUCCACGAUGUCGAUCUGAUCGUCGGUGCCAUCGCCGAGUGGCCGGUCACCGGUGCUACCGUUGGACCGACACUUUCCUGUCUCAUCCGAGAGCAAAUCGACAACUCGUUACCGGUGAACGAACAGCAAGACAUCACGGCGUCGCUUGUAAAGAAGGAUCGUCUGGAGACGGUGUUGGCGGGGUACAGUGCGGCUAGGUUUAUGUGUGAUACGGCACAGGUCGAACGCGUUCAGCGUGAUAUUUUCCGCGUCCCAUCGGACGAUAACCCGCAGAUCCGCUGUGCACAGCUGCCAGCGCUCGAUCUAGCGCGACUCGUUUAAACC